ACAUGUUGACGGUUCUUUCGUGUUUUUCGGCCAAUUUUCACCGGAUUUCCGCGCGCUAAAAACGGUAAUCGGGAAAAGAAGCUUCUCCGAACGGUCUGUGUGAAUUUCGCGUCCGUACGGUAAUGCGAACCCCGUCAAAAUCGAGCCCGAACAGCGGAAUAUUUUAACAUGCAAUACAGUAUCUGUGUAUGUAGGCGAAGCGGCGUUGCCGGACCGGCGCGGCUGCGGCGUUGCCAUUUACGGUUUUUAACGCAGAGUGCUGUGGAGCGAUGUGCUGGUGACAGUUGAAUGCGCAAGGCUGAGAUCCAGAUGGCUCACGUCAAAAUGAGGAAGAUCCUCGUCAGGGACAUGAACGACGUGUUGGUAUGCACGUUGUGCAACGGCUACUUGAUCGAGGCGACCACGUUGACGGAGUGCCACCAUGUUUUUUGCAGAGGGUGUAUUUUGAGGUACUUUGAAAACUGCAAGACGUCGUGUCCGUCGUGCAACUUCGUCUACAAGAAGAAGAACCAGGUGUUCUUCAAGGCGGAUCCUCAAGUGCAAGCUAUCGUGUACAAGGUGGUGCCGGGGCUCUACUCCAAGGAGAUGCAGAGGCGGGAGGACUUUUAUCGGAGUACGGGGGUGAGGGCGAGUAGUUCGUGCAGUGAUGACAGUGUUCUGGAGAGGGAAAGGGAUCUGAUCAACGAUGAGGAGUCCAUGGUUUCGUCAUACGUCGGCGACAAGAGCCAGUUCUUCGGCCCCGAAGACUCCAUCUCCCUCUCCCUCGAGUACUACCAGGUCCACCUCGACAGCACCCCCCUCGACACCAAACCCAGGCCGGCUCCAGCGGCCCCGAAUCCGGCGGAGGUGCAAGACACCAGUGCCAGUGUUCUGAACAACAAUAACAGCGACUCUGUGGGUGACAAACACAGACCGAAAGACGCGAAAAGUGAUAAAGACGGUGAGCAAGAGUGCAAAAGUGAUAAGAGAUUCCUCCAGUGUCCCGCCGCCGUGUCGAUGCGCCACCUCCAGAAGUUCAUCCGGAUGAAGUUCGCCCUCACGCAGCACCACAAGGUCGACAUCAUCUACUCCGGCGAGGUCCUGCCGCUCCACUUCAGCGUGAUGGACGUCGCCUACACCUUCAAAUGGAAAAGACUAAAACCCAUGCGGUUCUUCUACAGGAUCUUCACGCCGCUGAAGAUCCAGCCGAUCAGGAUCGUCAGCACGGGCGGCAAGCAUUUGCAGGUGGUGAAGAGUUGCGAAACGGUGCCGCCGCCGCCGCCACCGCCGCCACCACCGGUGAAGGAGGAGAAGAUCGAGGAGAAGGAGAAAGAGAAGGAGAAGGAGGAGAGCGAGGAGAAGGAGCGGCUGCUGGCGCACCUCCAGCUCCAGAGCAAGAAUAAAGUACAAAACCACGAGGUACCUGAAAAGGCGGUUGAGCCGCCCCCAGUACAAGACUGCGUUUUUGAUUAUGAGGAACAGGAUAAGGAGGAGAUUAAGAGGUUUGCGGAGAUAAGGGAUCGAGAGUGGGCGUUGCAGAAGAAGUUGGAUGAGAGUAGGGAGAGGGAGAAGGAUGAGGAGUAUCACCACUUUAGUAAGAAGAGGAAGAAAAACAAGCACUCGAAGAACGAGAGUAAUUAUAAGAAGAGGAAGUUGCAUGCGGAGAUCACGAACAAAGAGGAGGAGUUGAAGUUGAAGGUUAAGUUGACGCCACACAAUGGACACAAGCACAAGCACCAUAAGAGUAGUUCGCAGAGUCAGGUGGAGAUGAGUAGUAAGGAGAAGUUGUUACAGAUGAGGCAAGUGAGGCACAAACACGUGUCCAGUGAAGACAAAAAUGUACAAACGGUACCUAGUGGCAGCGUUUCUAAAGAAACCAGCACUGAAACUAUCACCGAAGAGAAGAAAGAAGAAAAGAAGCAGAAAGAUAAAGCGGUUGAGACUCCUUCUCAAUCGACGAAUGGUGUUAAGGUUGCCGAAGAACCGAAAAAAGUGGCCGAAAUCACCCCCAAGACCCUCCGCAGCGACUUCCCAAGCAAAACCACCCUAAACAAAGACUGGGGUGCUCGAGUGCCAACCGUACAAAUUGAAAGACACGAGCAAACCGAACAACAAGCCAAGAAGACAUUCCUUAACAAGUCGUACCAAGCCUACGCCGACAAAUACAAGUCAAUAGAAAAAAGCCAGAACAAUAAAACCGACAGUGCCAAACCCGCCCCCAAACCACCCGUCAUCCCCGUAAGCCGCCCUUCAACCCUCGAACGCAAAAUCGCCAACCUCCAACAACGAUGUACCAUAGAAGCGAAAAUCCCCCCCAAAUCCGAAACCAAACCACAGGAGAAGAAACCCAUCACCAUACAAGAGAAAAAGAUCUUGAACACUCCUCAGUACGCCGGCUUCACAGUGAGCAAAAUCGAAACCGGCGUCAAACGCAAACCCGAAAACGAAGACAACCGUCAGGAGAAGCGACCGAGCUUGGAAAUCACCCUCAUCAACCCGCCGACGUGCGAAGCCAAGCCUUCGGCUCCCGUGGCGGCUGCUAAGCCCGCCACCCCCACGCCCGCCAAGCGCCCGCCCCCUGCCACAAUUCCGUUAGACCGCAUCAAGAAGGCGUUCAGUUUCAAGUCGGGGAUCAGCAUCGAGCCGAAAGGUCCUCCCGAGAAGUGUGACAACAUCGGGGCUUUGGAUCUCUCAGCUAAACCUCCCGCCAAAGGGGAGGCUCCUUCCACCUCCGCGAAAAACAUGAACGGGUUCGCCACCCCUGCCGCCAAAGAGGGGAAAAACGUGAACAUGUCGAAUCUACAAAUGUUGUCUAAAGUGGCAGCUGAACAUCCCUCUUUGAACAAGAACCAGAAGCCUAGACCACAAAUCCCGAGUUUGCAGACUUUGAGGAUUCCGUCUCCCAACCAGAGGAUUCCUCCGAGUUUGAAGAUGAUCGAUAAGAGUCAGUUCCGGAUGAUGAAUCCGCAGAUCAGGAAUUUACGGCCUAAUCAGAACCAGAGCAUCAGGAACAUCCCGAAUCCUAGUCUUUUGGUGCGGCAGCAACAGAAUAGGUUGAACUCGAUGAAUCCUCCCGUCCGGGAGAACAACAAUGGGGAGAAGGAGGGCGUGAAGGCGCCGGCGGGAGAGAGCGCGAAGGUGAGCGAGACGAAGCCGUGUGAAACCAAGGAGGUGUCUGUGUGACAGUAGACUAGAUCUGGCCAGUAAGGGGUCUUGGUGCCUUCCGUUCGUGUUGUUUAUGUCUUCCAUUGUGUUUGUUUGAGGGAGCCGUACUGAGUACCCCGGUGUAUGGAACUUAGGUUCUGUAAUACUCCUAUAGUUAAGUUCCUGCUAUUUAAGACUUAUUCAGUAUGUUACUUAUUAUUUGAGACGAAUUGUUGUUUUAUUUAGUGUUUUGUUUGUGUCAUUGAGUGAUUAUUGUUUCAUGUUACGGUUUUAAUUACUUCUUGUACUUUACGAAUCUGUUCGAUGUUAAUGUGUAGAAUCAGACUGUACUUAUAGAUAUCUUAUACAUAUGUAUAUCACUUGAUCCUUGAUAGGUUUAGUCCCUGAGCGACCAGAAGUUGGGUUUCUACUCGCUGCUAGAUUUACGUGUAUUGUAUAGAUUUCAACUGUGUAUAUAAUGACGAACCAACUGAAUAAAUGAAUGUAUGUA